CAUUCAACACAGAAAAACAUUCUUUCUCCCACCUUUCUUUUGUCCUCAAAACUACAUAAAGGUAGCAUUCUUUCAUUUGUAGGAGCCCUUAGAGAGGGCGCGCACCUGCAAGUGCGCGCACCAGAAAAAAGUUCAAAAAAAAAUAAAAAUAAGAAGAAUUAAAUAAGCCUAACUCUCUUCUCUAUGCAAUCAUGGCGCAAGCUACAGAAAAAAACUACAAAAACAAAAAUAAACAUGUCAUCCUCCUUCUUAUCAUGUCUUUAUUAGCAUUUGUGACAACCCCAUCAGAGGGGAAACUAUCAGAGCCUGAGGUUCUUCUCAAGUUUCGUCAAUCUUUGAAGUUCGAUGGUGAUCCCUUCUCGACAUGGGAUGUCAAUGUACCACCUUGUGUCAAAGAGAACAAUAAGCCAAAAUGGAACAACCUUUUUUGUGAAAGUGGAAAGGUUUAUGGUUUGAAUCUUGAAAAUCUUGGGUUAAGUGGUACCAUUGAUUUGGACAUACUUAAGGAUUUGCCUAAUUUGAGAACCAUAAGUGUGUUCAAAAAUAAAUUUGAAGGAUCUUUACCAACAUUAAAUAAAUUGCCUGCAUUAAAGAGUGCUUAUUUCUCAAAUAACAAGUUCUCUGGGACAAUUGAUGAAAAGAUUUUUGAAGGGAUGAAUUCAUUAAAGAAACUUCACCUAGCAAAUAAUGAAUUUACAGGACCACUCCCUCCCAUAUUUGGUGACAUGCCAAAUCUCAGGGAGUUGAAUAUUCAAAACAAUAAGUUUGAGGGUCCAAUUCCUCCUUCCUAUUCACAUCUAUAUUUUCCUGCUUAUGAUGGCAAUGAUGGUCUUUGUGGUCCACCUUUAGCAAAACCAUGCAACAAUGAAGAGGGACAAAAAAAGAAAGAAUCAUCACCAUCAUCAGGUUGGAAGAUUGCCCUUAUUGUGGUUGUAAUAGUUGUAGUGAUAGGCAUUAUUGUGUUUAUACUCAUCAACCGUCGCAAGAAAAAUCUCCAACAAGAAGUAGUACUAGGAGGAUCAUCACUAAGUUCCUCACCAACAAGUCAAGACCAAAAACUAAUCCCUCCAUCUGAUCAUCUAAACAAAAUGGAACAAGGACAAUCUUCUGCUGCAUCUACUCCUGAUCGCGUGUCUCAUGAUGGCGGAAAAAGAGCUGAAGUUGCUGGACAAAAACUUCUCUUCUUGAAAGAUGACAUUGAGAAAUUUGACUUGCCUGAUUUGUUGAAAGCCUCUGCUGAAGUUUUAGGAAGUGGAGUGUUUGGUUCAACUUACAAAGCUGCACUUAGUACUGGUCCUGUCAUGGUUGUCAAGAGGUUUAGACAUAUGAACAAAGUUGGCAGAGAAGAUUUCCAUGAACAUAUGAGAAGGCUUGGAAGAUUGAGCCAUAAGAACUUGCUUCCUGUUAUUGCUUUCUAUUAUAGGAAAGAAGAGAAGCUUCUUGUCUUUGAGUAUGUCAACAAUGUCAGCCUUGCUGUUUAUCUUCAUGGUAAUAGCAAAUCACGUGGUAACCAAAGUCUUGAUUGGCCAACUCGUUUGAAAAUUGUUAAAGGAGUAAGCAAAGGAAUUUUGUACCUUUAUAAUGAGCUACCAAGCUUGACAUCACCUCAUGGUCACCUCAAGUCCUCAAAUGUUCUUCUAACUGAAAACUUUGAGGCAGUUCUCACAGACUAUGCUUUACUACCAGUUGUGAAUGCAGAACAUGCUCAUGAACACAUGAUCUCAUACAAAGCACCAGAGUUGAAACAAUCAGGCAAAAUCAACAGAAAAACUGAUGUUUGGACACUUGGUAUGUUAAUCUUAGAGAUCUUAACUGGAAAAUUCCCUUCAAAUCUUUUAGGAAAAGGAACUCAAGAUAGCGAUGAUUUGGCGAGUUGGGUGAACUAUGUUCUUGAAAAGGAAUCAUCAUCAUCAUCAGAAGAAGAGGUGUUUGAUAAAGAGAUGAAAGGAACAAAAGAUUGUGAGAGUGAAAUGAUGAAGCUAUUGAAGAUUGGGCUAAGUUGUUGUGAGGUUGAUGUGGAGAAGAGAUGGGAUAUAAAAGAGGCAGUUGAGAGGAUUGAGCAAGUAAAAGAGAAAGCUGAUUUCUUCUCUAAUGUUGCAACUAAUGAAGCUGACAAUAUGCAUACUUCAAGAUGAAAAUAUUCAAAUUUUUGAUCAACUCAUCAUUAAUAUGGAUUUUUUUUGAUUUUCUUGCAUGACUACUUGGGUAUAUGGUUACUUUUUUUUGGUCAUGGUGGAGGAUCACCAUGUGGGGUUACUACAAGAAAAAAAUGAAAAAAAAAAUAAGAAAGAAAAAAGAAAAAUAAGAGAGAAAAUGAAGUUACUUAAUUUUUGUUUGCAUGUAAAUUUGUCCUUCAUGAAUCUAUAGUCUAGGUGUGUUUCUUUUA